UGCAUCAAGCUGUGGAGCAACUAGCUUUGCCUUUAAAACUGUGUUUGUGCACUUGAGAAGCAUACCGUCCACCUCCUGCUGACAGAUCUGUGCUUCAGUAUGCUGCUGUAUUACAAAACACAGGUUAUUUCACAAAGAAUGGGACAGAAGAAUCAGAAAACAGAAAGCUCCAGCGGUGCUUCUACUGCAUCCCAGCAGGCUAGUGAAGGCCAGGACGAUCUCAUCCGGCCGAAGAAACUGUUCAACCCUGUUUUGGAGUCUUCUAGUCGUAGAGGUUUACAUCGUGAACUGCUAGUCAGCCACAGAUGGGGUCUCCUGCCUGAAGAGAAGCCAGAGCUGAAGCGGGUGCUGGAACAGAGGAGACUGGAGCAGCACAGAGAGAGAGAACAAGCCUCACAUCUGCCAUCUGACCUCGAGCAAGAGCUGCACAAGAGAAGCCAGAGACUCCUGGCGUACGAGCAGGAAGAGCUGAGACGCAGAGAGGACCUACAAAACAUGCCAGAGUUUGUUCGAGUGCGGGAAAACCUGAGACACAUCACCGUCACAGGCUACUGAACCAACAGAAAAACUAUGAAUACAACAAAACCCAUUUUCCCAAAGAACUGCUUUUUGUUCUAUCAGGGGGAAACAUUAUCAUCAGCAUGAUUCUGUCAUUUUGUGUUGUGCUCUCUCACCCCAACCAAAUCUGAAAUGGCUUUUAAAGUGUGCAAAUAACUUUUUGUAUCACCAUCCAGGGCCCAAAAACUGGCCCCCCAGUGAAAAUCCACUGUUCACUGUCCAUUUAUCAAUAGUGUAGUGAUGCACAAAGUCACUUCAAACUAAAGUAGCUUUACAUUGCUCAACACAGCGAAUUUGGAUGUUCAAAAUAGGGCUGCACAAUUAUUGCGCUACAGAUGCCACAAUUAUGUAAUCGUUCAAA